ACACUUCCAUCCGCGUCUGAUGGUAUGAAAGAACUGCUUUUGAGUCAGGUUCAGAAUGUUGGUAAACAUCCUAAAGGAAGGCGCUGGCCAAAAGAAAUAAUAAAUGUCUGUCUUCAGUUAUAUACAAGGAGUCCUGUUGGAUAUGGACUGCUGAGGAGUAGUGAAAUGCUAGUCUUACCCUCGCCAUCUCUGCUUGUGUUGUAUAAGAGCCGAGUACAACAUAAGAUAGGUUUUGAUGAGGAGAUAUUUAGAUGGAUGCAUGCCGAAGCAUUGCGGCUAAACGUACCGCCUUAUGGAUGGAAAGGCGGUAUAAUUCUGGACGAAAUGGCAAUCCAGAAGGACCUCCAGAUCCAGAAGAACGGAGAUGUGGUUGAGCUUAUCGGGUUGGUGGAUGUAGGCGAAGAGGGGAAUGUUAUGAACACCCUUAGAAUGGGUAGAAAAGAGAGACAAUUAGGAACUCAUGUCCUUCAAUUCAUAUUUCUAGGACUUACAGGGUUCAGAUUCCCCUUUGGACACUUUAUAACCAACAACGUUGCGGCUUAUGAUAUCCAUACAUUGUUUUGGGAAGCAGUUGUUUCCCUUUCAAUGUAUGGAUUUUCAACUAGUUUCACGUUUAUGGAUGGAGCCCAAAGCAAUAGAACAUUCCAAAGUAUCAACUUGGGGAAAAAUCCACAGACAAUGGUUGCACAGAGCCCAGAGGAUCCCAAAAAUUCAGUUAUACUGAUGAUGGAUGUUUCUCAUGUUAUUAAAAAGGUUAGGUACAAUAUAAUGAAAAGUGGAAUAUCAAAGGGUUGUACAAGAAAUCUUCUCCUACCUGAUGAGUCCCCAAUACAGUGGCAAAUGUGGAUAAAUGCGUUUGAAUGGGACCAGGAAAAUGGGCUUAAACUGCACAGGAAGUUGACCAAAGAGCACAUUUACCCAUCAACGCAGUCUAAAAUGCGGAAUCACCUCGCAAAUGAGGUCUUGAACAACGACAUGAUGUAUUUAAUGUGCCAAUACCAAAGCAGUCUAGUGAAUGGGAAAGUUUUAAAUGGCAUUGUUCAAUUCUUGAAAAAAACAUCGCAAAUCAUUGAUUUAUUCAAUGACCGUGCACCAGUACAGUCCAGAGAUGAUAAUAGACUUCAAAUAUUAAAAGAAAUUGAGUAUUGGUUCACAGAUUGGAGCAAUAGCAUACAAUCUGACAGUAUAAGCUCUGUAGAAAAAUCCUAGAAGCUGAUGUCUCCACAGUGCUGAGAUGACUUACAUUCAUGCUUGUUAGGCUUCUGUGAACUUUGCUAUGCAGUUUUUUCGUGUAAUGAUUCAGCUUAUAUUACGCCAGCUUUAAUAAAUUCUGACAUUGUGGAGAAUCAUUUCUGCCAGCAAAGAUCUACAUAUAACGGGGCUAAUACAAAUCCUAAUGCAUUGCAAUAUCGGUAAAGCCAAAAUUCUAUCAUUCUUGGACAGAAUAUUAUUUCUAAAAAAAGUAAUGCAGGAAAGGCAACACUUAAGCAGGCAGCACAAUCAUUUAUGUUUCAACAAACAACUGGUAGAAGGAAAAUGAUCAGUACUUCUGACAGUAAACUUACUAAAAUAAAAGUUUUGAGAAUGUAAAAAACACAUUUCUCAUCAAAUCAAACAGUUGUAUGAUAAUGGACAUAUGGUAAAGUUAA